AUGAAGACGAUCCUGAACGCCCCGGAUGCUGUUCCCCCUCUUCCUGCGUUUUCUCAUGCGACUGUCUGUAAUGGGAUGGUUUAUGUCUCCGGUAGCAUCGGCUGUGACAAGAGUUAUAAGAUCGUAGGGGACAUCAAAGAACAAACUCGCGCGUCCGUUGAGAACUUACGGAAGGUCCUCCAAGCUGCGGGAAGCGAUCUUGAACACAUAGUGAAAGCCAACGUCUACCUGACCAAUAUGAACGACUUUCCUCUCAUGAGCGAGGCCUAUUUGGAGUACUUCCCUGGAAAGCCGCCUGCGCGUACGUGCAUCGGCGUUGCUGCACUUCCACUUGGUGCAUCGGUUGAAAUUGAAUGUAUUGCUGAGAAGCCGUGA